GCUCACAAGCAUUUAAUGCUAACUGUUGUUGUAGUCUUACUGCUUGUACAAAGACAUUAAAUACAUUUUCAUACAUGUGCAGCGGUGAUGCUGGCAGUCGGGGAUGUGAGUUUAAGCUAACGUGGUGAUUUGAAGCCACCAUGAAUGAGGUAAUGCUGUCAUUGUUUGCCAAACCUGAACAUCACCACUCUCCGAAAAUGACACCCAGAAAACGUCAGAAGAAAACACAGUGUGAGGAGCUCUUCAGCUGCACUGAAUGCAGCAAGAGUUUUCAGAGCGUAUACGGCAGAGAUCGCCAUCUGAGAGAGAAACAUGACAAACCACCACUUCACAAGUGCUGCGACUGUGGAUGGACAUUUAAAGUCAGCCGGAGCUUGAUGGUCCAUCAGCGGAUCUACCAUCCAGCACCUGCAGUGGCAGUGGAGCCUGGAGAAGAGCCAAGUGCUCCAAAGUCUUACAUGUGUUCAACAUGUGGAAGGCAGUUUCCUACAAGCGCUGCCCUUAAAAGACACCUUAUUAUCCACUCAGGGAAGAAACCGUACAAGUGCACUUUGUGUGGACGAGGUUUCACACAGAUUGGAAACCUCAAAACGCACCAGAAGGUUCAUAAAGGGAAAUUCACAAAUGUGGCGGCAUUAGAGGAAAGUUUCCCUCCACCUGAAAAGACUCAGUCAUCAGUGGAAAUCUGCCUCUGUCAUUUGUGUUGGACACAAUUUUCAGAAAAACAACUUUUAGAAGAACACUUAAAACAAUUUCACCAAUCAAAUAAUCCGUUUUCCUGCACACAGUGCGGCAAAAGAUUUACUCAUAUCCACAAAUUAAAAUAACAUGAAGCUGUUCAUGAGGGUCUGAAGCCCCACCAGUGCUCACUGUGUGAUAGAGGUUUCCUGAGCUUGAAGGGACUCGAGAACCACAUGCGAGAUCACACCGGAGAGAAACCUUUUCCGUGCACUGUGUGUGGAAAAAGGUUCAAGCAGGAAUCUACUCUGAGAGCACAUUAUGUGACGCACUCUGGAGAGAGGCCUCACCUCUGCUCCAUCUGCGGGAAACUUUACGCGAGGACUGAAGAGCUCAAAGUUCACCUCAGAGUUCACACAGGAGAGAAGCCGUACCAGUGUGACGAAUGCUGAAAGAGUUUCUACUACAGGCAAGGCUUCAACAACCAUAAGAAGACUCACAGUGCCAAACUCAUCGGUCCAACCAGGCAGCUGGGCAGACCCAGACAGCAGGGAGGUACCAGGAAGUCAAGGAAGAUCUCAGUGAGAUCUCCGCCUGAUUCAGACGGAGAGGACCUGACCUGGGAGCCUGCUGACCUUGGUAGGAAACAGACCCCAGCAUCACCUUGGCAACCAAGAAAAUCAUGCUGCAGAGAACCACAGCCAGACAUCCACGUGGAGCUUUGGUCAUCAUACAGCAUUCAACCUGUGGGACCAAAACCCAAAUUCAUCUCACUGGAGCGCAGCAGACAGCCACCAGGCUUAUGGUGCCCCAGCAGGAGCAAGUAUUAAUUUCAUUGCCCUGCACAGGGGCACAGCGGGGCAGGAGCACUUUAAGCAGAGCCGUCCAGUGGAACAGCCCUCCUGGCCUUCUGGGACCUCCUCUGUAUCGCCACCCUCUGAGCUCGGCCUCACCACACCCCUCCCACAUAACAUCACAUCGAAGAAAAUGCACCUGAGCAACACGGGUGCAGGGCUAAAUCACCAUGAAGAACACAGACCUGAAACACAGGAGCAGGAUCACAGCACAGCACCUACAGAAGAAACUUUAAUACCACCAGAACCUGAACAUGACAGCUCCCAUGAACAGCCUCAGGGAAAUCCAUCUGAGGGGCCUCGCAGACUCAAGAAGAACUAUGACUGUCCGACCUGUGGCAGAGUCUUCUCUCACAACACCGCUCUGCAGCGACACCUUGUGAUUCACGUGGGGAAAAGACCUUUCAAGUGCUUCAUCUGUGGGAGAGGAUUCACCCAGAGCGGAAACCUCAAAACACACAUGAAAGUGCACAGAGGAGAGUUACCAAAUUGGACAUUAGUUCGAGAGAGUCCCCCGAAUAAAUCUCAUGUGACAGUUCAUGUGUGUGGAGAAUGUGGCAUGGACUUCCCUCAGAAGCAACAACUGGAGGAACACCGCCAGAGUCACAAAAAGCCUCACGCCUGCCCUGACUGUGGCAAGACCUUCAAAACGGAAUACUAUUUCAAAAUACAUAAGCGCAUUCACUCAGGAGAGUCACCUUUCCUCUGUACAGAGUGUGGUAAGAGUUGUGUCACAGCAGAUUCGCUUAAAAAACACGAGUUGACUCACACUGGAGAAAGGAAUUUCCACUGUGAUCAGUGUGGGAAGGCGUUUUCACAAUCCUCCCACCUCAAGGUGCACCUCAAGACUCACACCGGAGAGCGACCUCACCUCUGCUCAAUCUGUGGUAAAAGUUACUCCAAAUCGUGCGAUCUGAAAGUUCACCUGCGAGUUCACACCGGAGAGAAACCGUAUACUUGUGACAAAUGUGGCAAGUGCUUCUGUUACUCUCAAGGUUAUCAAGCGCAUCUGAAGAUUCAUGACAAGAAGCCAAAGCCUCAAACAAAACCGCUGGGGAGACCAAAACAACAGCUGUCAGUGGCACAUAAUCAAUAAUGUCACCUGGGAGUGUACAAUAGUCUGAGAGGAUAUAAAGAGGAAAAGUUAAAACAUAAAAA